AUGCGCCCGGUGCAGAUCAUUACUUUCUCCACUCUACUUUAUUUUGGAGUGGCGCAAGAUACUACUACUAACGAUGACUUAAAUCAUAAAACAAAUACUAUAGAAGCAGGGCCGUCGGUUCGCUUAGAUCCUUACAUACGGAAAGCCUUACUAAAAGCACUUAGUGAUCUUGAAGAGGACGAUAGUUUUACAGAUACUGAUAGUACUGACAGUAUUUUAAAGUCUAAUACCGAAACUGCAAACACUAAUAACGAAUUUACAGUUGCACAAGCUAAUAAAGAAAAUAUACAGAUUCAUUCUUUCGUUGUGAAUGGUCAAGCUGCAUUUGAUAAUUCAUCUGAAACUACUCCAAUGUUAAUAGACAACAAAAUAUCUAUCUUAAGUACUACAGUCGGAAAUGUUGAAAAUUAUGUGACUGCUAGCCUUCCAACACAAGCUCCAUUUCAGGAAAUUUUUCAGACAAAAGAAACUGGCGUUAAUUUACAACAAACUAGAAGCAUACCAAGUUCAGCUAAAUCGAGCACUGGUAAUUUAGUAAGCAGUAGUAGUAAACUUACAACAUCAAAAAAUCGCGGAAUUUCUACUACUACGACAUCAACAACCACGACUACGACUACUCCAAAACCAACACAUAACGAAGACGGUGAAAAUAUUGAAGAAGUAAAUAAAAAAGAUGUACAAGUAUUUCAAGCACCAUUAGUAGCUGCUUUUACAGUGCAUCAAGAUGCACAAGGUGUGCCAAAAAAAGUUAUACCUAUAUAUCAACAAUCAAAUAAUCAGGGUAUUUUAAAACCUUCACCAACGCUGAGCACGCCAACGAACAUUAUUGCUCCGAGCUUUUUAACUCCAGCAAUACCAACGGCUAAUAUACAAAGAAUACCGUCAACUGAAUUUAUUAAUCAACAAUUAACUCUGCAAAAGCAAUUAGAAGAAAAACAAUUAAUAUUGGAACACCAACUAAGAUUACUUCAAAUACAACAAAGACAACAAGAAGAGUUGCUUAGAAAUCAGCAGCUUCUAUUGCAACAAAAGGAGGCUCAAAGAUUACAACAAGCGUUAUUUGAACAAGAACAAUUUAAAAGACAAAAAAAUAUUGGAGAGCAACAACAACUUCCAAGCAAUCAAAUAUCUAAUACGUUUAAUGUACAAAAUAAUUCCCCACAUAUUUUAGGUCAAAAUAACGUAAGACCACAAAACUCCCAAGUUUCAAUUCAACCAAGUAUCACCUUAGAUCAGGCAAAUACAUUAGCACCGCAACAACAACUUCCCAAUAGAGAAGCUGUUGACUUUCUAAUACAUUUAAGGGAACAACAGCAGACUCAGUUUCCUUUACAAGAAAAUCAUCUCCCUCAGGGCAUAACCAACUUCUUACAACCUAACCCAGUUCAAAACUUUAACCAAGUCUCAAAUUUUCAACUUACAAAUCAAUUAAGACCUGAUGAUCAACAAGGGCAAAAACAAGGAAAUCGUGUAUUCCGUCAUGAAAGUAGUGUUGGAAAUUUUGGUAUAAACCAAAAUUAUAAUAGAUUAAAUACUUUUGAAUCACCAUUUUCCAACAGAUUUUUAACAAAUCGAUUUAACCAAUUCAGUCGCGAUUCCGAGUUGAAGCAGUUAUUGGCCCAAUCUAAUAUAAACACAAGAGCUCAUGAAGAUCUGAAUAUUGUAUCUAAAGUAUUAUCCUUGAACCAUGGAAUUCCCCUUAAUAAUGUUGCAAACAGACUUGCAUUUGAUAAUCGCAGACCUGUGAGAACUUUUGCC